AUGACUGAUCAUACGUGGGUAUGCAAAUGCAUAUGUAGCAGAGGUGUCUCGCAGCUAAAAGUCCAGCAUCUUGCCCCCUCUACAAGGGUGCAAGGAUGAAGCCACCAUUCGAUCGAUUUGAGACGGCCUUCAAGAAGGGUCAAUCAAGCUUCGUCCAAGACUUCCUGGCAAUGCUCCAUGUGGCACGUUCCCAUAAUGCCUAG